AACUAUUUCAGCUUGUGAGAGAACCAUCUUUAAUCUGAUUGAAACACCCCUUUUGCUUUCUUAGCCAAAUCACCAAAAUGUCCAGUUAGAACAAGAAUUUUGCAUUCUGCAAAAGAAGUUAAGAGCUGAGAAAAUGAGAAAACAUUCUGAAAUGGAUCCCAAAUAUUUCGUCUUAAUUUUGUUUUGUGGACACCUGAACAAUACAGUUUUCUCAGAGAAAGAGGCAAUUACAACAGAGAAGCAGCUACAGACUACCUUAUUUAGAUCAUCAAUGCCAUAUGUCUCGGCUGAUUCUCCAAACACAACAGGGAAACCUUUGAGUCAACCAACACAAUUUAAAAGCAUUUCUUCUGGACAACCAAUAUCACCUGCCAAAGUCACUGCUGGACAACCAAUGCCAGCUGUCUAUGCCUCUUCUGGAGAACCAGCAGCACACACUUCUGGACAACCACUUGCCUACAACGUCACCAAGCAACCAAUACCAACAGCCAGCAUUUCCUCCCAGCAAACAGCAUUACCUGUGUUCACCUCUGCCAGACAAUUACUGAGAUCUACCCAUAAUUCUACCAGACAACCACCAACAUCAUUUGUGUAUAAUUCCACUCAACACUCAUCACCUGUCUAUACCCCUUCCAGAAGACCUAUACCACUGACUACUCAUAAUAUAUCCACACAAUCAGCAUCAACUGUCAAAAAUUUACAUAGGAAUACACCAGGAUUUAUCUUAGAAACCAACAGUAACAAAAACCCCCCACAUAAAACCAAUUCUAAUUCAGUAGCUGCCAUAUUAAUUGGUGUAAUUCUGACUUCUAUGUUGGUAGCUAUAAUCAUGAUUGUACUAUGGAAAUGCUUAAGAAGGCCAGUCUUAAAUGAUCAAAACUGGGCAGGUAGGUCUCCAUUUGCUGAUGGAGAAACCCCUGACAUAUGUAUGGAUAACAUCAGAGAAAAUGAAGCAUCCACAAAACGUACAUCAAUUAUUUCACUUAUGACCUGGAAACCAAACAAAAGCAUACUUUUAGCAGAUGACUUAGAAGUUAAGUUGUUUGAAUCAAGUGAAAACAUUGAAGAUCCCACCAACCUCAAAACAGAGAAAAUAAAAGAUGAAGCAAAUGGUACAUCAGAGGAUAGCGCUGGUGGAUCAACAAUUGGAACUGCUGUUUCUUCUUCGGAUGAUGCAGAUCUGCCUCCACCACCUCCCCUUCUUGAUUUGGAAGGGGAGGAGAAUAAUCAAUCUGAGAAACCCACAGUGACAAUUGUAUCUCCUCUUCCAAAUGAUUCUACCAAUCUCCCUCCAUCUCUGGACUGUCUCAAUCAAGUCUGUGAAGAUCAUAAAUCUGAUAUCAGACAGUCAUUUCCGCCUCCCCCUGACUCACUUAACUUGCCCUUACCACCAGUACAAGAAGAUUCCAACAUUGAGAUCCAGUGUCAAGAGUUCUCUAUUCCUCUUGACUCUAAUCAAGAUCUUGAUGAAUCCCUGCCACUUCCACCUGCAGAAUUGUUAUAA